UCCCAUUCUUCAUUCUUGCCCCUCUAAUUGGUCUAUAUAUAGAUCCAUGAUCUCCUCCAUAUAAGGUUAUUUGUACUUCCACUCUGGCAAGAUAGAAGCUAAGUUUUUCCCCUGAACCUUUCCCUGCCUAUCAGCCUCCAUUCAAAGAUUCUCAUCACUCUAGAAAGGGGAAAAAAAUUAAAGUACACAAGAUUCUCUAAGAUUCUUUUGCUAACAAAGUUUUCUUGCCAAUAUGUUACUUUCUCACCAUCCAUCUUUCAUCUCAUCAUUGAAGUCAAGACUCAGUCUUCCAUAUCUCUACACUCAGCCUCACAGGCUGUCCAUUCCCUACACACCGGUAUUCAAGAAUAAGCCUCUUCCAUUCUUUGCCAUAACCCAACAUUUCUUCUCUACAUUACCCUCCAAGAAUCACCAGCCGCUCCUUAAAUCUACACCCCAAAGUUCGGCACUUCCUGUUUUUCCCCUUGAUGAUGAGGAACAUAAUGUUGAAACAGUGAACAAUCAGCUACCAGAAAGAUCCCAACAAGAAGACAAGAGCUUCUGGGGUGCUGUUAGUUUGAUUAUUGGUACGGCUGUAGGGCCUGGAAUGUUGGGUUUACCCGCUGCAACGAUAAAAUCAGGUCCACUUCCAUCAACCAUUGCCAUUAUUCUUUCUUGGGUUUAUGUUAUUUCCUCCAUCAUUCUUGUUGCAGAACUAAGUUUUGCAGUAAUGGAAGAAGAGGGUGUAGCGGAAGUGAGCUUUACUGGCCUUGCAACAAAGGCAUUAGGAAGUCAUUUUGGUGCUUUUGUUGCGGUCAUUUAUGCCUCCCUUAGUUUUUCUUUAUUAGUGGCUUGUGUUUCAGGAAUUGGUUCAAUAGUGUGUCAAUGGUUUCCUUGGAUGAAUUUGUUAUUGGCUCAUGCUUUGUUUCCACUAGCUGCUGGGACUGUUAUUAUGUUCUUUCCGUUCAAGGUCAUUGAUGUUUCAAACAGGCUUUUAUGCUUCCUCAUGCUUUUCUCCAUUACUGCAUUGGUGGCCAUUGGUUUAUCUGUGGCCAGAGCAAAUGUAUUAUGCUCCUUUGCCCAUGCCUCAUGGAGUCUAUCAUCAAUUUUGCCUGCAAUUCCUGUUACUGUACUCACAUUAGGAUUCCAUGUUAUCACUCCUUUUAUUUGCAAGAUUGCUGGAAAUUCAGUAUCCGAGGCUCGAAACGCAAUACUGAUCGGAGGGGCUGUUCCUUUAGUUAUGGUUGUGUCAUGGAAUUUGAUUGUUUUAGGACUGGCUGGAAAUACCUCCCCCAAAGACCCUAUAUCCCUUUUACUUUCAGUGAAUCCUUCUGCUUUGUCUGCAGUUCAAGGCUUUGCAUUUUCUGCUUUGGCAACUAGCCUGAUAGGAUAUGCUGUAAGCUUUCCAAAGCAAGUUCUUGAUACUCUGGAACUGAUCCUAGGGAAAACAAAUUUGCAAAAGCAAAUUCCUUAUCAAUCUCAAUUGGUCUCUAAUGGUUCAGGCAAAGUUGGUUUUGUGAUUUAUUCGAGUCAGCAUGAAUGCGGAAAGUUCGGGAAAGUUUCAUUUCGAUCUGCUUCAGAAGAUGAACAACUGUUAAGAACAACUGACCUUAAAUCAUUAGAAAUAUUUGUAAUGCCACUAGUGCUCAGUGCUCCAGUUCUUAUAGCUUCCUUCUUCCGCUCAACUUUUUCAAAAGCCCUUGAUUUUGCUGGGGUUUAUGCAAACUGUUUCCUCUUUGGCAUCCUUCCCCCUGCAAUGGCAUAUAUACAGCAGUCAAGGAAGAAGCUCAGGUUCUCGAUCCUCCCGGGAGGAGACGUGGCGCUUGCACUACUUUUUGGCGUCGCAGUUGUUUUGGGGAUAUGGCAUUAGAUGACUAAUAGGUAGUUCUGACAGAAAAAAAGAUUGUCUUUUCAGACUGACAUGAAAGAUAUCUUCUAUGUAGUUAAGAUCGAUUCAUUAGUUGAAAUGAAUUCUAAUAUUGAAAGUCUUUCAGAUAGCAAUAUUGUAUUAUUUGAACUGCAAACAAUGAAUAUAAAUCAUAUUAAACUGAA